CCGCGCGCGGGAAGUGACGGCAUCGCGGGGCCGGGCGGGCGGCGAUGGCGGCGGGAGCGGCGGGAGCGGCGGCGGCUCCGCAGGGGCUGCGCGGGUGGCUGCGGAGCGCCUACCGCUUCGCCACCGACCGCAACGACUUCCGCAGGAACCUGCUGGUGAACUUGGGGCUCUUCGCCGCCGGAGUCUGGGUCGCCCGGAACCUGACGGACAUCGACCUGAUGGCCCCGCAGCCCGUCCCGUAGCGGCGGACAGAAACAGCCCUGCAAGGAGAGAGAGCUCAUCCCCCCCAGGAAGCCCAGAGGAGUCCUGUUCAGCUGCUGUACCUUCCCAGGAGGAUGUGCUGUUCUCCUCUGCAGAGCUGCUGCUCACACUUCAGAGCUGUCAUGCCUGGAGCAGUUACAAGCAGGGAAAAAGCUUCUACAGUGUGAGGGAGAAUUUAUUUUAAAUUCUUUCUGCAAGGCACAAUGAAAAUACUUUUAUCAAGGAUGUGAAGCCAUCAUGGGUGGGAUUUUCUUCUGUACCCCUGUCUAGAUGUUUAUUAAAGGGUGUAGAAUAAUGACAUAA